AUGACGCCGCCAUCUGCCAUCCACGAACUCUGGUGCCAGUAUCCACUGACUCUCAACAGCGGUCCCGGCCAGCGGCAGUGGUCCAGCCAGCCAGCCAGCCAGCCCUCCCUCCUCCAGCAGCAGCAGCAGCAGCGGUCCCGGCCAGCAGCAGCAGUCCCGGCCAGCAGCAGCGGUCCCGGCCAGCGGCAGCGGUCCAGCCAGACAGACAGCCAGCCAGCCAGUUCUCCCUCCUCCAGCAGCAGUAGCAGCGCCGGUCCCAGCCAGCAGCAGCGGUCCCGGCCAGCAGCAGUGGUCACGGCCAGCAGCUGCGAUCCUGGCCAGCAGCAGCGGUCCAGCCAACAGCCAGCCAGCCAGCCAGCCCUGCCUCCUCCAGCAGCAGCAGCAGCAGCAGUCCCGGCCAGCAGCAGUGGUCAUGGCCAGCAGCAGCGGUCCCGGCCAGCGGCAGCGGUCCAUCCAGACAGCCACCCAUCCAGCCAGCCCUCCCUCCUCCAGCAGCAGCAGCAGCAGCGGUCAUGGCCAGCAGAAGCGGUCCCGGCCAGCAGCAGUGGUCACGGCCAGCAGCAGCAGUCCUGGCCAGCGGCAGCGGUCCAGCCAGCCAGCCAGACAGACAGCCCUCCCUCCUCCAGCAGCAGCGGCUCCAGCCUCAUCUGCGGCAGCAGCAGCAGCUGCGGCGUUCCUGCCAGCCAUCGCCAGCGCCAGCAGCGGGAGUGCCCGCGGCGCAGCGAAGUGAGGUCUGGAGUGCGUGUGCCGCGCGCUGCUUUUGUGCGGCUCCGAGCCUCUCCGGCAGGCCGGACGUGGUGGCAGCAGCAGGCCACGAGCAAAGCGGGCACUAAGCUGUCCACCACGUGUGUGCGUGUGUGUGUGUGCACGCGGCCGCGUGCCGCCUCUGUGUGGCAGCCCGCAGCCACUGAAUUAGGGACUGGUCAGGACGCUACAGCGAGUAGCUGA